AUGUUCUCUGUAUCGGAGCAUCGGCUGCCAUGCGAUGCCCUGUACUCACGCAUUGGCGCAAGUCGCUCCAAACCACUCGUGGGUUUCGGCGGCCGCGACGCUUCUAUUCACAUCUAUCCGUUCAUGGGAUACACACGGACUGCCUGGCUGCAGGGCCUGACGGAGCCCAUCACAGCCCUCGCCUUUGACCCGGACCAGACGUCCGUAGUGGGCGGAAGCGACGCCGGCAAGCUGCAAAUGUGGGACAUCGACUCUGAGGAGGUGGUGCGUGCCUUCACCCGUGGUCACGUCUCCACCGUGACCGGCAUCGAUGUUUUCCGUAGUGGGCAGUUCUUUGCCACCGUUUCAACAGAUAGAGUACUGCGCAUUUGGGAUGUGCGAAAGUCGUCCGGUCGGCAAUCCUACAAGGAUGCCACCGCCCCAUUGUGUGCCGUACAGUUCUCGCCAAAUGGCAGGUGGGUGGCCACCGGGUGUGCACGCGGCACCGUGCGCCUCUACGAUCUCGUUGCUGGACAGAUUAUCCACAAGUUCGAACUGCAUUCCGGCGCCAUCACGAGUCUCCACUUUCACCCGGACCUGUACUAUUUAGUGGUGGGCAGUGGUGACGGCACGGUAUCGGUGUGGGAUCUGGACUCCUUUGAAACGCGGUUUCACAGCAGCAGCCAGCACACACCCAUCGAUGCCGUCCACUUCAGCGGCACGCGCCUCCUCGCUACAUCGGACCACAACCUGCGUAUCUUCGAUAUGUCGAACCUUAGUGACCGCACGGCAGUCUCGCUGGAGGCACCGUGGAUUAUGAUGAGUGACGUAGCUUACGCAGGCGCCAUGGACGAGGCCUGGUUCGUGGAAACGGCCGGGUCCACGGCAAUGAAGUGCAAGCUGUCCUUGCGUGGCAUUCACCGUCCUGGAGAGGAGGCACCGCGCGCGGCAGCGGCACCACCGGCAUCUGCGCCAGCACCUGCACUGCCCCCCGAGCGAGUCCCGGUGGCGGUGCUGAACAGAAACAGUGCCAUACUCGCGGACGCACAAAAGAAGCCCAUAAAUGGAUCUCGGCUCAGUCCAAUGGACUCGCCAGCGAAGGCCACAGGGAACGACGGGGCAGAAAGAACGCUGCGCGGGGAGACGUCGGCACCGUCAGCUACGACCCUUCCGCGUCCAGCACUGAGUACCGCUGGCCCAUCGUUCCCACCGACGCCGGCCCCGUUGUCGAGUGCAGACGAAUCAGAGCUGGAGGUGCUGCAGCAGCUCAGUCGCGAGCACGGCACUGUCUCCGCCACACUGCAGGGGCGGCUCAACACGCUGCGCGCCGUGCGCACGCUCUGGACGCAGAACCAGUCCGAGGCAAUGGUGCAUGUGAGGCGCUUCUGUGAGGACGGGCAGGAGUUCGGCCCGCUCUUCGACGUUCUCACCGUGCUGCAGCAGCCCCGUAUGAAGGAGAAGAUGCUUACCGAGUCCAUCGCUAGUGUAGUAGACCUAGUCGAGAUUGCUCUGAAGACAGACUACGAGCCGCUCAUCUUGUUAGGGCUGCACACGCUUCGCAGCAUUGCCACAAAGUUCCGCGCAAGGGUGGAAGAGGCGCAGCGGCGGGCGCGCGCUUCGCAGAGCACAGGCUACAAUGAUCCACUUGGCAUGAAUCAGCAUCAGCACAUAGCAAAAAAGCUACACGAUUGCUGCCCAAUCGUGUUUGUGUUAGCGGAGCGCUGUGACAACGUCGGAGAAGAAGCUAAGGCUGUCCUGCCAGACAUGCCACCGCCACCACGCACUGAGUAA